GCUUCCUGGGUCAGAAGCAGCCGCUGCUAGCUCCAUUGUGAGCUGAGCGACCCGCAUUAACCCCACUCUGCCGACCCCAGCCCCUGAGCCGGAGCCUGCAGGCUGCAGAAUAACGUCCGGAUUGGGAAAUGGCUGCUGUGGAACCAGCUCAGCAGGACCAGGCGCAAUGGGAGAUCGCCAUGGCUGGGAUGUGGGGCGAACCCCGUGCCUUGGGGCAAGGGCGUUGUGGGAUCCCCGUCCAGCAUCCCAAGAGGGAGGAGAGCGAGGCUGAGGAGCAGAGCCCUGUCUGGCCCUUGUCCCCACGGACGCCGUCCCAGUCCUGGCUGGGAUGCUCGGAGGGGGAAGAUUCUCCAUUGAGGAUGGCGCAGACACCUCCCCGGUCUCGAGACGGGGCAGACACUGCUGGCCUUGAGCGGGCGGUGCCGUCCCGUGACUGGCCUCAUGGGGACGAGGUUCCUUCGUUCACCCGGGAGGCACCUGAGACCUGCGGCUCCCUGGGGACAGGCCCCACCAGGGGCUGUGCCGAGGGCAAGGCGGCCAUUUCAGAGCAGGCCAGCGAGGAAGCCCAUCGGUUGCAGUUCCGCUCAGGGGCUGCCCGGCCCGGAGAAGCUCCCCAGGAGAUGCUAGCUCGGCUCAGCCGGGCUGCUUGGCUCUGGCUGCGGCCUGGGGAGCGCACCAAGGAGCAGAUCGUGGACGUCGUCGUGCGGGAUCAGUUCCUGGGGGCGCUGCGGGCGGACGUGCGGGCCUGGGUGACAGCGAGGGAGCCCCGCAGCAGCGAGGAGGCGGCUGCGCUGGCUGAAGCCUGCCUGGGGCAAGGGGAGUCGACCCAGCCUGCUCAGGGGGCGGUGACCUUCGAGGAGGUGGCUGUGUAUUUCACGGAGGAGGAGUGGGCUGUGCUGGACCCCAGUCAGAGAGCCCUCUACAGGGACGUCAUGCAGGAGAAUUACGAGAGUGUGACCUCGCUGGGUAAGAGAUUCCUUGUUCCCUUGGGUAUUAGAAGCUUUCUCUCCACAAAUAUCACGUUCAGUGCUUAACCCCUCAGAGUAACACUUCACUAUUAAUUUCUCUCGCUCUUCGACUUUCCUCCCGCUCUUUUCGGGUGGAAAAGGACAGGCAGGAGAAAGUAGAACUCUGGCAGAAGGUGGCAAUUCCACACAAUUUCUAAACUAAAGAUUUAUUUUUUUUAAUUUCUGUUCUUCUCAAAAAAGAAUUACCAUUUCAAAAUAUUUUCUAAAAAUGGAAUUGAAAGCUAAACUGUUUUGCAAAUGAAAUAAUUUUCAACCAAAUCUCAUUUUCUGAAGAGAAGUCUUUUGUGUUGAAAGUUUCAUUCCCUGCUACAGCCCGGAAUCUGGCCUAAGUGGUUUGAUAUUAGUGCUGUGCCUGGGUCACCUGGCGUGUGCAGAUCCCAGCAUCUUCUCCAGGGGGCAAAGCAUGUCCGACUCUUCCGAAGGGUCUCCCAUGUCCAUCUGCCAAUGCCACGCCCCACAGCGUAGGGGAGGGGCCGGGUUAUGUCAUGGAACUUUCUUUGUAACAAACAUUCCACGAACCAUUCAUUCACCCCCCAUCCCACCAUGGUCUUUCCCCCUUAGAAGGAUUUU